AUGCGGGAUUUUCCAAACGCUUCGGCGUAUUGUCAACGACUCAAGACCCUGGCCCAUCAACUCAAGAGCGUGGGGACUCCGGUAACCGACAACCGCCUCGUUCUUCAACUGGUGGCUGGCCUCACCGAGGCGUACAAGAACGUGGGCACUCAUAUCCGUCAAAGUAAGCCCCUUCCACCAUUCUCCGAAGCUCGCUCGAGUCUGUGCCUUGAGGAAAAGGCGUUAGCUGAAAGGAAUGAUGACUCGCCGGCGGCUAUGGUGGCCGCUUCCCACCGUGAGUUUGAUGACUCUGCUUCUCUUGACAAUUCGAGUCAUUCUCACCAUAUUCGGGGCAAAAAUAACCACAAAAAUCGUGGUUCUGGCGGCGGGAAAAAGAACGGCGGUGGCCGUGGUUCUGGCGGCGGUGGUGGCAACCAUCGCGGUGGUGGUCGUAGCUCUGGUUAG